GAUAGCACUGAAGAAUUUUCUUUUCAUAAUGUAAUAGUUGCUGCUAUAGUUCUCAAAUUUUCAUUCCAAAAACAUGAAAAUUUUUACAAGGAAACUGGACUUUUAAUUCCUUCUUUUGUUCAUACCAUUUGUCAGGUCAAAUUAUUAAACAUUACUGGCCUGUGUGAAAGAAACAUGGACAAAGUCCCAGCCUGUCUCAUGAUCGGGUAUUUAUAGGGAGCUAUUAAUGGACAUGGGCUCUACAGAGAUCAUUUGCAAUCCUGAAAAUAUCACUUUCAACUUAAUAAUUACUUCUUCAAAGUGUGAGGUCUUCCCUCUUUCAGAAGGUGAGAAAAACCAGUAUAUUUUCUCAAUUCGUAGGAAAAUUAGUAGUCAAUUUAUGAAAAGAAGUAGUCUAGAGUUAAAAUGUUUCUGUACUCACUGUGCCAUAGUAUAAUCCAUUACUAACAGUUUGUAUAUGUUGCUAAUAAUAUUUCUCUUCUUUGCUACAUGUACUAUUACAGAGCAAAGCCUUGCAAUCACACUUUAGGUGGAUCAGGUAACAAAUUAAAUGCUGCAGGUUUGCUGUGAAUUACUGCUGCCCAACUUUAAGAUGUUUCUAGAAUUACUCUGAACUUUGUAAGUGGCGUGUUGACAACUUCCUUAAUUUUGCUGUGCUCAUUCAUUUUGCCAAUUUGUUUAUUUGCUUUCAGUUUUACUUAUUUAUUUUAUUUUAUUUUUCCCUGUAGUUUUGAGGGUUUCUUUCAGACCAACUGUCUUGGAAGACAGAAGCAGAUGUUUUGAUAAGGUAAAACAGAUGAGAGGUUUGAGCCUAACAGACCAUCUGUGAUUUUAACCUAUAAUAGCAUGUAGCUGAAUAUACAGAAGGACAGUGGGACUGCUUAACAGUGUACAUCUACAUCCAUUAUGCUAUUUAGUGAUCAGUUUAAUUGUUAAUAAUUUUUUACUAUUUCUUCAUAUAUUUUAACAUUUAGACUUAAUACAGUACCAAUUGGAUUUAAUUCUAUGCUUCAUUGUUUUUCUUGCAAUCUUUAAUUGAACCCUUUCAAUAUGGAGAAGUUUUAUGUGUUUGGAUUUUGGGUUUUGAUUUGGGUUUUUUUUUUAAAUAAUGCUAUUCUUAAGCUUUUUUGUGUUAUUAACUCAAUUGUGGUUACACCAGUGUGUUUUAUUUCUGCUUGUAUUUGGAUAUAUACUGUUGCAGUAUUUUGGUUAUAUCCCUUAAAAGCAUCAGAAGCAAACAGGCAUGCAUGGAUGGAGGCAGAAUUUUAAGUUUAUCUGUUGUAAAAGGCAGUAGAUUUGGUACAUAAGGUGGUGAAGUUGAUGUUUUUCCAAGCAUGUUUGAUGUUGUUUCAGUUGAAUGGCUGGUGCACAUAAUAGCACAAAUCUGCAAUACUUUCCUGACUACCAGAUAUUGCCCUAACAAUGUCUUUGUUGAAACAGUUUGAACAAGAGCUAUUAUUAAAAAAUUUCAUGUCCUUCACUUGCCCUUCCCUUCCAGGCCUGCUGUGAACAAACAGGAAAAACAUCCUGUAUUUUAUUGCACAUUUGUUUUCCCACUAAGGAAACAUCAGAGCUCGAUUGUGAUGAUAUUUGAGUGUCUAAAUGACUUAAGAGGGAAUGACUGUUUAUCUAAAAGCGAAGUUUUGCCUAUUUUUGUUGCUUUCUAGGAAGCAAUGCCAGAACAAGUAGCUAUUCUGUAUGUUCAGUCUGUGGAACAGAGAAAAAAGCUGGGACAUGCUACAGGAGUAGAAAACCUUUACUCUGUUCUAAAUAGAAUAAUUCUACAGUGCAAACCUAAACCCUGAAGCUUGAGAUGAAAAAGUUCCAAUUUGUUUAUUUUAAACUAUGUUCUUUUCUCUUGAUACUGUAACAGUGGCUGCUGUUUCUAUUACUUCAAAUUGAUCCUGAAGAUUUAACAUCUGCCUCCAAUUAAAAAGCAGUGUUUCCCCACACAAAGUGAUCCAGGUUGUGCUGAUUUGCCAUGUAUAAUUCUGUGUAUAUGUUUGAUGACAAUUCUGAUGAAGAAAUCCCUACCCAACGAGCUAUUCAGGAAAGCUUACAGGAGAGGCACAAAAUUGAAACAAGUGGCUGUGCAACAGAGGCUGAAAGUUUCCAGUCUACUAGAAGUAAAGAACAUGGAAAGAUAAUUGCAGCAAUUCAGACAGGCCAAGAAGAGGCCUUGAAGAAGUUGGUGAAGCACAGUUCUGCCUUUGAAGAAGCAGAUGAGCAAGGCUGGCUUCCUGUGCAUGAAGCUGCAGCACAGCUAAAUAAGAACAUCCUUGAAAUAACUAUGAAAGCCUCCCAUGCCAGUACCUGGGAACAGACCACUCUAAAAGGGGAAACACCUCUGCUGGUGGCAGUAAGCAAUUGCCUUGUGGACAAUGUCUGCUUGCUCCUGAUCAAUGGCUGCAAUCCCAACGUUAAGAAUGAAGAGGGAGAUUCUCCUUUAGUUAUAGCAAUUAAACAGGAUUCCUAUGAGAUUGCCUCCUUGUUGAUAAGAUCUGGUGCCAAAGUGGAUUUGCAGUGUGUCCACAAGAGAACUGCUCUACACGAGGCAGCCAGACGGGGCAGGAAGGAUCUGGUAGAGCUUCUCCUUCAUUCUGGAGCGGAUCCUGACCCUCGCAGUGGAUAUGGGCUCACACCCCUAGCACUGGCUGCACAGAUGGGACACACGGAAAUUAUGGAGCUUUUACUGCAAAAAGGUGCAGAUGUUCUUUCACAGGCAAUGGAUUGUGCUUCUGUAUUAUUUGAAGCAGCAGGAGGAGGAAAUCCAGAUUCUGUGAGUCUUUUACUAGAAUAUGGGGCUGAUGCCAAUGUACCAAAGCACUCGGGUCAUUUGCCAAUCCACAGAGCUGCAUAUAGAGGACACUUUCUAGCCCUAAAAUAUUUAGUUCCAGUUACAGAUUUUGCUGCCAUUAAAGAAAGUGGGAUAAGUCCAGUUCACUCAGCAGCAGCAGGAGCACAUCCACAGUGCCUUGAGUUUCUCCUCAAGUCUGGGUUUGAUGCCAAUUUUAUGCUGGAUCAGCGAGUUCGCAAAGGCUACGAUGACCACCGGAAAUCAGCCCUGUAUUUCGCUGUGUCCAACGGGGAUCUCUGUUCCACACGGCUGCUGCUGAACGCCGGAGCCCUGACAAACCAGGAUCCCAUCAACUGUCUUCAGAUCGCCCUGAGAAUGGGCAAUUACGAGUUAAUGAACCUGCUGCUCCGCCACGGGGCCAACGUGAAUUACUUCUGCAGAGUGAACACCACGCACUUCCCCUCGGCGCUGCAGUACGCCCUGAAGGACGAGGUCAUGCUGAGGAUGCUGCUCAACUACGGGUACAACGUGCAGCGCUGCUUCGACUGCCUCGGGGGAAACCACUGCCACUCGCAGUAUGUCACUGACGGCUGGACCUCCACUGUCAUCAAAGACACGAUGUUCUGUGAAGUGAUAACCUUGUCAUGGCUGAAGCACGUGUCUGGGAAAGUCGUGCGAGUGAUGUUAGACUACGUUGAUCACGUCAAGAUCUGCUGGAAGCUUGAAGCAGUUCUCAAAGAACAGAAACUCUGGCCAGACAUCCACUUCAUUUUAACAAAUCCUCGCUCUCUGAAGCAUCUCUGUCGUCUGAAGAUCCGGGAAUGCAUGGGCCGGCUGCGUCUCCGCUGUCCUGUCUUCAUGACCUUCCUUCCACUGCCAAACUGCCUGAAAGACUACAUACUGUACAAGGAAUAUGACCUUUAUGGACAGGAGAACUUCACAGGAAUCUACAACCUCAGCUGUACAUAAGUAUUAGCUCUAUAUUUUGAAGGGAAUGUUCUCAUGGAUAAGACUGUUGUGCAGCUGCUUUUUUCUUUUGGGAUUUUAUCUCCUAUGUGUAUUAAGGAAUGCCAGCAUUCCCCCCUCGCCCCCUGAAGAAACUGGGGAGAACCCCAAAAUAUUUUGAGCCUCCAGAUUCACCAAAAGGAUUUGUGCGUCUAUUAAAAAAUGAAAACAUUAAACCAGGAGUCAGAUUACAGGAACCACUCAUGGAUAAUGUAGUAGUCUCAUGCUGUGUCAAAUACCAACAUGUAAUGAUUUCAGAAACUUGUAAUCUGGAGGAAUAUGAAUCUGGAGUGUGGUCAAUCACCAGAACAGGCGAUUUAAUCAGGAACUUUGCUUGGCCAGGCAGAUCUUCACUAACUGGAGAUAUUAUGUCAAACUGUAUAGGAGUGUCAGGGGCCACAAGUGAAUCCAAGGAAAGUGCUGAUAAAGCUGCUGAGUCAGAUCCCAGUGACCCUGUGCUGCUGGUACGAGCUGCAGGAGGACGAGAUUGUCUACAACAAAACCAUCAAAAUGAGGGAUAGUUAAACCACAGAGGAGACCAAUGCAAUAUUCUAGAACUUAGAUGUAAAACAAAACAAAAACUAAAAGCCUGAAGAUCAAGGUACAGUAAACAAAAACAGAGUCUAUGUUCCUAUCAAAUUUAAGUAAGUUAAAGUUACUACUUGCAUUAAUAAUUGCAUCAGAUUGUUUUAACAUUAAUACAUAAUCAAUACAAUCUGAGGUCUGCUUCCAGGAGUCGAAAACUCUCAUUCUGAAAUCACACAACAAACCAAACAUACGAUGCAACCACCAAAGCUGUCAGCCAGUGGCAGCAGGAUUGCUUGGAACAAUGGAUGCUGAACAAUGUCAGGAAGGCUUUCCUGAAAGAUUCUCUGAUGGAAGUGAGGGCAUAUCAUGAUGGGAUUCAUGACUAGUGCUGGCUGAAGACUGUUCCUGGCAGCAGCUGUGGCAGCUACAGGGAAGUGGAUGGGGCAGAAUAAGACACAACUGUCACAAAAAUCAGAAGCUGGAAGCACCUUAUGCCUGCACAUAAGAAGUCACCUGUACUAACAGCAGGGUUGAAGAACCAUGUCACUAAUUCUUAAUAUAUAGCUGCAAAAUGGUCAUCUUGGACAGAAGAUAAGUGCUUCCAUAAUGAAACAUCAUUGCAUCUGCAAGCUGAGUUGAAAGUACUGCAUGGCAAGAGCUGAGCUGAAAAAGACAAGAAAAAGAACAAAAUCUUAGGAAAACAGUGCUCAGACCAGAUCCAAUCAUGGAAUUAUACCUGUUGCAUGCCAAAGAAUCUUAUCCAAGCUCAGCCUCACUCCUAUUGUCAGCCUCUCUCCAGGUUAAUACAUUUUCAGAAAGGAAACGACCAAGGGAAAUGAACAACUGUGUUAAAAAGUUGAAACUGUGGGCAACUACUGGAACCACUAUGGUACAUCCCUAAGGAAAAGGGUAAAGAUGAGUGGUAUUAAACAGCAUGCCAGGAAUACAAGUUCCUUCUGCAGUGAGAUCCAAAUAAAGGCUGUGGUUUUCCCAUAUUGUCCAACCUGCACGAAGACAGUUGCUGGCUGCGCUUGGACCUGUAAUUCACCUGUGCAAUAACCACCAAUUCUGUGAUCAAAAGGUUGAGGAACUAAACACCAACACCAAACCCAACAAUACAAUCUACAUCUGGUUGUCCUCAAGACAAGUGUUUUCACCACUGAAAGGGAGUGAAAAGAUCUGUCCUUUUGUCCUUAUCUCAGCUUGUCAGUCUGUCUGUUCCUUAGCUGGUGUCACACACAAGCCUGAUGACUCUGUGUUCUAUUGCACUGCCCACUUCACUGAUGAAGGUGCUUAACAGCAGCCACCUCAAAAAUCAACCUCACUGUCCACCUAUUAGACUUCAAAACACUGAUCUCUAUCUGUGAGCCCACCUAUUCAGCCAGUUUUUCCACUCAGGUCAGUCCAAACCUCUCCCUUUGGCCAGAGGAACGUUAUGAGAGAGUGUGUCAAAGUCCUUGCGCAAGCCCAGUGACACCCCCUGCUCUCCCUGUGCUGGAAUGACUGACUUGGGAUGAGCAGGCAAUCAGGUCACUCAGGUAUAAUUUACCCUUUAAGCUUAAAUGAGAUGCUGACUCGGUGUUCUUGCAUCCUUUUUGCACUUGGAAGCAAAGUUACUCCUCACCAGGAGGAUAUCGAAUGGCUUCCUUCCACCAAGACAGAAAUGCCAGAGGGGGAAGAGCAGAAGAUGUUCCUAUAACUCUGCACAGGCUCCACUGGCUUUUCCUAUUCUAAAACAUUGGUUGGGAUGCUUGGAUGUAGAAACAGGAGUAUUGCUUGCAAGAGCCACAACAGAAACACUUUUGUAAUGUUUUAGCAAAAAGACUGUGCUUUGGUUUUAGGUUUACACUAAAAUUAAUGCCCAGACAGAAAAUUGAAAGAAUCGUAAGUACAUAAUUGGGGGUUUUCCCAAAUUAUAAUUGUUAAACACUUGAAAUUGGAAAUUCUCUUAGUCUUCCCUAGGCUGAAUAACUGUGGUUUCCUGAAAGAGGAGGGGAAGGAACUAAUGGGGCCUGGGAAAAGAAUAAAAGACUGGCAGACUUUAAUGCUGGUUCUAGCUUAUAAAACAAGUGCAAAGGGGAGAUAGAGGAGGAAAGAGGUGGAGAAGAACUCAAAACUUUGUCAGGUGUGGCAACAUGUGUCAUCCUAACAGCCAUGACUCUCCCAUUAAAGGAGACAGACACGAAAGAAUGCAAAAGAAAAAAUUACAUGGUACUAUAACCACUGAAUUAUACAUUCAUGACCUUUAAGCCUGACCACAAAUAAACCUGAACUUGUAAUUUUAAAGGAGUAUCAUAUAAGGUUUCUGGAUUACACUUACUCUUUAAAACCAAACACUGAAGAAAAAUGCUCUUCUAUGUUUUUUAUGUUAAAAAACUGGCAUUGUAUGAAACUGAUAGAAAGAAAUUAACCCAAAACUAUAAACAAAUUAUGGCAGACUAUUGCUUAGCAGAAAAUUAGAGGGAUUGUUCACUCAUGUUUUCAGUAAAACUUUGCCUCAUUUUGCAUGCUCUUUAGGAUGCUUUCAACGAGUAUAUGAGCAAGGAAACAGGAAAGCACCGGUGAGAAGCUGCACAAAGAAACCACUUGGUUAGAAGUCAGUGAACUGUGAAGGCUCUAUGCCAUGCUAUGUAUUACUCACAGGUGAUACUGCAAGAGCCUGUGCUAUCCAAUCUCUUGGCUUUUUUGUUGUGCAAGGCUUUGGGAAUGCAAAUCAGUCUGAGCAGAAACUCUCCCUAAAUAUACACUAUGUGUGUAAUA